AUGUCUGGAAAUAGGUUUAUUACCGAUAGUUCAUUAAAUCCAUAUAGAACUGAAUUGAAAGAUAAAAGAAAACAAUCGAAAAGAAAAAGGUUGAAAAAAAAAUCAUCGCAAUAUUCAAAACGUGGCUGUAUUCAAUGUAAGGGAGCACAUUUAAAAUGCCAAGAACAAAGGCCUAUAUGUCAACAUUGUAAAACUUACCAAAAGAAAUGUACUUAUUUAGAUCAAUUUAUCAUUACAAAUUAUCCAACUAAGUCAAUGAUAAAUUCAAACACAGAAACAAAAUUAACUUCUACGACAACAACUAAGGCAACUACGACUGCAACAACUGCUACGAACAUAACACAAACUCCAAGUAGCAAUACCUCUUUAAACCAGAAUACAAUUAAAAUUAACACUCCUGAGAGAGAUGGGAUUAAAAACUCAGCUUCGAAAAUAAAAGGGAAUAUGAUUUUAUCAAGCAUUGAAAAUGAAAAUGAAAAUUUAACUCAUAAUAAGUUGUCGACUUUCAAGAAUAAUUUUAAAAAUUCAAAUAAAUCCAAUUGGCUUUUGAAGAGAAAUAGUCAGCAAGGUUUAGUGUAUAGAUUGAAAGAUCCAAUUAUCACUCAAAAUACUGUUUCCUUCGUACCGCCUAGAACUAGCAAUAAUUCUAUAGUAAAUACUACUAAUACUAAUGAUAAUUUUUUAAAGAGCCCCAAUAUUGCGUAUGUAAAUACUUCUACUCAUCUGGCUACAAAUUCAAAUUUUUACCAAUCUGAAAAAAAAUAUAAAAAUAACACAAAAAAUCUAUCUAAUAGUUCAUCCACCCUUCUACCAAAUGGAACAGUUAAUUGGGGGGGAAUAACUGAUAUUGAUAUACUACAACCAGCAUCCUCUACGAGCCAUUCUUCCGUGUCAUCUACUUAUUCUUCCUUUGAUUUAGACUCAUCAUCAAAUAUUAAUUCUGUCACAAAUUUAAAAUCCUCCAACUCUUCCUUUUUGAUAUCUACCACUCCUCAAAAUACAAGCUCUAAAAAUAUAAAGACAGAAGUCGCCAAUAUAAAUACUUUAUCUGUGGAUUCAGCACUAGAUAUAAAUCUCCAAAAUGGCACAUCUUAUCCGGUGGAUGAUUUUAUAGAGUUUUCUAGCACAGGCUUCUUCAAUGAGAAAAAUAAUAUACCUAAUAAAUUAAAUCAGAAAGUGUAUUUUCCAAAAUGUUCAAGAUUUUUUUCAAUUGAUGAAAUGAAUAUAGUUAAUGCAGCGAAAAUUGAUCCGAUAAUUGAAAACCUAAGGUACUUUAAUUUAAACGAAUUAAGUAUUAUUAAGGAAUGUAAUAGAGUUUACUUUUUUAAUCUUCUCGAUGAUAAAAAUAAAGCAGACGUUUUAUAUAAAGUUGAUCCUGUUAAACAAUGGUAUGAAGAAUUGCAAUCAACCUCUAAUCUUGAAUAUAAUUCCUAUGAAAAUCAUUCUUUGAAUUAUAUGAGUUUUUCGUUGAAUGACGAAGAUUUAUUAGAUUUUUCCUAUAAAGCCUUUGAAAUUGUUUCAAAUGAAAAAUUAUUAAACUUUUUAACACCUUGGUCUUCAAAAAAUCAAUUACCCUUGAUUGAAUACUUAAAAGAAAAUAUCAUUUAUUUAAAAGAAACAUUUCGAUACGUAACAUCAUGUUUAAUGAGUUACUAUUAUCUGAAAAUUAAAUUCGAACCAAUACUGGCUACUAUUUGGGACCAACAAAUCAGAAUUCCAAGUUUGAAAAUUUUAUAUCAUAAUUUACAUCAAUUAGCACUCUCAGCAGAACCAAAUUUCCAAAAAUAUUUAAUAUUGGGAACUUGUUGUGGUUUAUUAUUUUUGACAAAUUUUAGAAGCGAUUCUCAACAAUGGAGACAUCAUUUCAAUGAACUAAGUAAUAUUUUGCAACGCUCUGAGACAAUUUGUUACAAGGAUAAGAAUAUUACCGAGUCUGAAAAAGUGCUACUAACUCCAAUGCUUGCAACCAAAUUGAUUGUUGAGUAUCUGGAUAUUUAUUCCUAUUUAAUAUAUGGAAAACCAUAUGCAAAUGAUUCAAUCAGCAAAUUAUACAGGCAACUCUUUGGCCAAAACUUUAAUAAGUCACCAUUUUCAAUUAAUUGUGAACUCCUAUUACGUAUUGGUUAUACACUAAAUACUCAUUUAGUACUGAAUAAAAUUGUAAAUUAUAUUCAAAAAUUAAAGAAAAAUGAAAAAAUUGAUAUUUCAGGAAUAAAUAUUUUAAGAUUAAUGAAUGCAAAUAAUGAUAUUAACAGUAAUACUAAGGAAAAUUUGAAUAAUUUUGGUACCGCUCUUUUGACAAUGCUAAAGGAACCAGACAAGACAAACGAACUGUAUUGCCUUCUUGAUGAUUCUAAUGUAACUCCCAAUGAUGGGCGUAGUCUUAAAGCUGCUCAGGAUAUUGCAUAUUUAACUCUGAGGUUAUAUUUAAAAACAUUUUUCAUAAAAAAUGUAAGUACAGCGGUAGUAGAGGAUUUAACAAAGGCAGCAUUGAAUAGAUGGAACAGUUAUGAAAAUAUGGGAGUUGAAUUCAUAUUUUAUUAUUGGUUACUCUAUAUUAAUAUUUUAGUAUCAAGUGUGCUUCAGAAUAAGAAAUAUUAUAAAUCAUUCUUAAAGUUGGUUGACAGGUAUACAUCUAUAGGUUUGCCAGGAUCAUAUGAACUUAGGAAAAAUAUCGAGCCCCUUAAAGUAUUUAUUGAAGGAGGCUGA